AUGCCCCCAAGCGACGAGCCCGCGCGCUUCUGCGACGAGACCGGGGAGGCGCUCAACGCCGCCGCGCGCGCGGUCGUCGCGGAGGCGAUCGGCGCGGACAGAGCGCGCGACGACGUCUCGAACGACGCCGCCGCGAAGCUCGGUCCCGUCCUCCGAUCCGUCCCGAUCGUGAAGCUCGAGCGCGGCACGCACAAGUACGUCCAAGUCCAGCUCACGCAUCCGGACGAGCCCGGGACCGCGAUCCUCGUCGUGCGGUCGGUCGACGUCAGGAGGUGCCCGUACCACGCGGACGUCUACCGCGCGCUCGUGGACGAGCUCGGGAGCGACGCGAGGACGCGAGGGGUGAUCGGACGCGUGAUCGGGGGAGGGCGCAUCAGACGCGACGCCGCGACCGUAUCGGUGUACGGCUACAGCAAAACGUUUGGGAGGACGAGAGGGUGCAACGAGAGGACCGCGGAGUUGAUACGCGCGAACGUCGACGGGUUAGCGAGCGUGGAGUGGUCCGACGACGGGUACUGA